CGGCGGACUGGUUUUGUUUCUAACCAAUAGGUGGCAGACUUGAGUAUGGUCCAAUCCAGAAACCGCUCUAUUUAAGACACAGUGCGCUACGUAUGGUGUAAAAGCCAUUAUCUUGUGCCCUACUUAAUGCACCUACAUAGGGACAUCAGGGCUAUUAGGGAUUCAGCCGAAGAAUUACAGUUACGUUAGCAGAGUAGGGAUUCUUCGUACGGUUCGGAUGUUUACAGAAAACCUCGCUCUGUUCUCGCAGUUGUUGUUUUUUAAAAAUUUUUUAUUGUAUUCCGACGACAAAUUCUGUUGUAUUUAUGCAGCUAAAAGAAAGACUGUAAGAUUAUAUUGACCAUAUUCUCUUAUUGUAUAUAGGUAAUGGGGAUAUGCCAUUGUUUUAGUCACUAGCUAAAAUGAGUUUUCUUGCUGUGAUGAUAGCUAAGGUUAGCUAGCACGUACCCAACAUGGUUUGUUUUCACAGCACAGUUAGCUAAGAUUUAACUGUUUCCUUUGCAUUCUGACAGAUCAAUUCUGUUCGAAGUAAUUCUUCACAGGAAAGGAAACGUGUUUUUUUUAAUGGCUUGACUAGGUUCAGAUCAUACAGUCUGAUGAUGUUUGUAGUCUGAGGGUCUGUAUACACCAGAAACGUUGCUGUGACUUCAUUUGCACCUCGUUAUUCAUCUGAGCUUGCCAUGGAGUUCCCAGGUCAUAGUCAGCAGCUCCUGGCCAGUCUGCGCUCUCAGCGUCUACAGGGAUUCCUGUGUGACUGCACAGUCAGAGUUGGUCCCACACGUUUUCUGGCUCACCGUGCUGUGCUGGCCUCCUGCUCACCUUUCUUCCACAUGUUCUACUCUGAACACCCAGUAGGCAGCACGUCUACAGUAAAUGGAGGACCUGAGACGGACACGGUCACCAUUAAUGGAGAUAUAGUGACCCCUUCAGCAUUCGGGUUGCUCCUCGAUUUCAUGUACGAAGGAGUACUCCAGUUGGCAGCACACCCACCUCCGGAAGACGUUCUCGCUGCGGCCAGUUUCUUGCACAUGAACGACGUGGUCCGAGUCUGUAAGAAAAGACUACAGGGUCGUGGACUGGCUGAGGCUGACAGCACCAGGGCAGAAGAGGGAGGAGGUGAAACUGGGGGAGAUGGACCAGUGUUUAGUGGGUCGUCUCGAGAAGGAAGGUUGAAUGGCCGAAGGGAAACGGUGGACGGUGGACAAGGAGCUGUCAGGGUUUCAGCGUCAAAUCCAGCCUCGUCUCCCUCAAUAACACAGCGUCCUCAGCCAAGCCAGCAGUCAACGUUUCAUAUUAACACUAAAGCCAAGACAAACACUGGCGUACCUAAUUGCAACACACACAGCAUUAACCUGGGAAGUCCAGACAUGGCGGACACUACUCAGCCAGGCAUGGACUCUGUUCCAGCUUCCAAUGAUUCUGGACCAAGCUUGUACAGUUCCUCUCCUGGACCUGCUAGAGCUGGCAUAGCUGCUGCUGCUGCUGCUAAUAUGGAGGCUACACUUUCAAGUCCUUGCAGCACCACAGAACCAGUUCAAACAGAAACAGAAACUCCGCCCAGUACAUCCACUGUUAUGGUUCUGGUUCCUGUGGAACACAGCCAAAAUAGAGAGUCCAGUCAAGAAAUAUCCAUGUCAAAAGAAAUUAGCAAUGUUUUUAUGGUUGCCACUAAUCAUCCUGGUCAAACCAAGAAACCCAUGUCGAUACAGCACAACGGACCGAGUUUAAGUGAUGACGUGAGACAUACUGCCAGAGGUUUACAUGAACAGCCACGGUCGCAGUCAUGUUCUCCCAUGCCAUUGUCUUCAGCAGGCCGAGAAGAUGGUAGUGAAGAGACAGCAAACGUGAAGGUGGAGGCCAUAGUCAUCUCAGAUGAAGAGUCAGAAGAUAUGGAAGAGACACCUGUUAGGGUCCGAGAGCGAAGGAGAGAUGUUGACUUAGAAGAAAGGGAGAAUUUUGAGAGCACUAAUGAUGUUGAGAUCACCAAUGCUCACUUCAUACCUCCACACUCAUUAAUGCAACUUUCACAUAAUCACCAAGAGCCAAUCUCGUUCCCUUUUUCACCACAGGGUCCUAGUGCCUCCUCUUCGGACACGCCCAGCUUCCCGUCUACCCUUUUUACAGCAGCAUCCCAGCAAGCAGAGCAGCAGACUAUCUACUUUGAGGAAUAUCACGAAUCUCUUGGGAAUUAUGUAGAAGAUGUGCCUACAUGUUCCACUUGUGGAAAGACGUUUUCUUGUGCUUAUACACUGAGGAGGCACGCCAUUGUGCACACACGAGAGCGUCCUUAUGAAUGCCGUUACUGUUACCGGAGUUACACACAGUCUGGGGACUUGUACAGGCACAUAAGGAAGGCGCAUGAUCAUGAUUUGCCAAUGAAGCGCAGCAGAACAGAAUCUGACCCUCCCCCAUCCCCACCUCCUCCUCAAGCACCUCAGACAUAACAAGAUACAUGCUCAGUCAUACUGGACAGAGUGUCAAAGCUGUUGCAAAAGCUAAAAUCAUACGCCUGGUUUUUUUUCCCCUUUGUUUGUUUGUUUUUUAACAGGUUGUGUGGACCAACUUUGCAAAGGACUGUUAUUGUUCAUCUUUAGUAUCAGAAAGUGAGCAUUCAACAUUGAACUUAAUCUGUCACUGGAUAACAUUGUGACCAAAAACAAAACAUCCCAUUCAGGACAUCCUUCAAUGUCCUUUAUACAUCAUAAUCAUAAUCACUGUCUAGCUUCUCAGGUUAGAUACAAACAGAAUAAGCUUUUAAUUUUUUAAAAAUUCAGUCUCUUCUGAAAGUAAUGGAAUGGU